UCUAUACUAACUAACAGGUAACUAACAACUUCUUCCCACGAUUUCUUACAAUCUCAAGAUGAAGUACACACUACCCACGCUCCUCCCCCUCUCCCUCCUCCUCGCCGCCUCCGUCUCCCCCGCCAGCCUGCCCUUAACAAAGCGCAUGACCUGCAGCGCGGGCCUAGAUAACCCGUGCCAAGACUUAUGUCAUUGCUCCGGCGGCAACGUCGCUUGCCACUACGACCCCACGUCCCGGUGCGUGCAGAUGUGCACGUGCUAGGCAUAUGAUUCUAUGAGGUCGUGGGAGGCCUGAGUUAUACUAUAU